GCUUUGAUAUUUGUUUUUUAGUUUUUCCCUCCCUGCGAAAAACCGUAAUUAAAAACCCCACAACCUCCCAUUACUUCUUUUCUUCCCAUCUUUCGUUGCAUUCACGUUUUUGGAGGUUCCUCUCUGAAUCGCCCAUUAAAUACCUUCGAACCAGUUUCACACAAGUUCAGAGAAAAGCAGUGUCAAAACAAAAACGUCGAUGGCCGUUGAAGCUCACCAUCUAAAUCCUCUGUUUUCUUCUAACAGAGAAAUGAUGCAUCCCGUUGAAGCAAACGGUUUAGUCUAUAACAAUCAGAUCAGAUACGGUACUGUUCCAGCCACGACGACGCCGUUUAACCACUCCAUGGAAUGUCAAACUUCUCUGUUGAAUCCCAUUUACAACAAUAUCUCACCGGUUGAUUGUUUGCUUCAUCAGUCUAUGAAACCGACGAUCCAAUCCGUUGAUAGUUCCGUCACAUUCAACAGCGAGAAUAAUGUCAGCAACAACGUCGAUUUUCUCCGUCCUGUUUCGUCUUCCUCUCUAAGAAAACGUUCUAGAGAAGAAUCAAUCGUUGUUAAUCAUAUGCCAAGCCAGAAACGUUGCACCGACCCUCUCAUGUUCCUCGGCCAAGACUUGUCUUCUAACGUCCAACACCAAAACUUCGAUAUCGAUCGCUUGAUCUCUACUCACGUCGAGAUAAUGAGAAUGGAGAUUGAAGAGAAGAGGAAAACGCAAGGGAGGAAGAUAAUGGAAGCUAUAGAACAAGGGUUGAUGAAAACACUAAGAGCGAAAGACGAAGAGAUCAAUCACAUCGGUAAACUAAACCUGUUUCUAGAAGAGAAGGUUAAGUCUCUCUGCGUAGAGAAUCAGAUAUGGCGUGACGUGGCACAGUCUAACGAAGCCACCGUAAACGCCCUACGAUCCAACUUACAGCAAGUACUCGCCGCCGUGGAACGCAACCGUUGGGAAGAGCCCACGGUGGCUGACGACGCGCAGUCUUGUUGCGGGAGCAACGAUGAGGAGGGUCAUAGCGAGGAAAAUAUGUGGAGGUUAGCGGGAGAGGCGCAAGAUAGGAAAAGAAAGCGUACGAUAACAAGCACGAUGUGUAGAAGCUGUGGAAAAGGAGAAGCAAGUGUGUUACUGUUACCCUGCAGACACAUGUGUUUAUGUACUGUGUGCGGAUCUUCGCUUAAUACUUGUCCAAUCUGUAAAUCUCCAAAGAACGCUAGUCUCCAUGUUAAUCUUUCCUCUUGAAGCUAACAAUAGCAGUAAAAAUUGUAAAUGUCUUUAAAAAAAAUAGUAAAUAGUUGAAAUAGUAUUUUCUACUUUCGA